AUGGGGCCAGAGGGACGCGGAUACAUGUGUUAUGUCAGUAUCGGGGUUGCUUUUCCAAAGAGACCUGGCACCUAUGCGAUACAGACGCAGUGGGGCAUCGAUACACAACCAGAGACGCCGUUCGAGGGUAUCAGCCUCAAUGGUUUACUUUCUCUACCUGUCUCGGUCGUUUCCAGCUUUUGGCUCCUAGGAAAACUCGCAGGUAGCUAUAAACCCAAGCAGACCGAGUAA